AUGGCCGUGGUACGUCUGGUAAAUGGGAUUGUGGAUGUGUCACGAACGGGAAAGACUGGUUCGAUCUUGGCCAGGGCACAGAGCGCCGAGUGGCCCCAGCUGUUUGUAGAUCUGCGGCACGAAGCCUCCCACCAGAACUUGCCAGCGCUGCCAAUACUUCGCUUGGCAGCCCAGGAGGCCGUUUGGCUCUUGGUCGAGCGCUUCUGGCGCCCGCAGCUUCAAAAAAUAGAGGAGCGGGGCCGCACCGACAAAGCCCAGAUGGCAGACAGAGGAGCGAAAACCCUGGAUCGCAGGUUGAAGGCUCUCAUUUGGUGCACGACCGCGACGGGUAUGGCGUCGGAGGGCCCAUUGCGGAAACGACGGAAGGGCAGCAAGGCGAAGCUUGGAGAGGACCAGGAUGGAGAGACUGCCAGAGAACCAGAGGCGGCCGCCAAGCGCGUUGCUGAAGAUCUGUCGGGCAUGGCUGCAGAUGAGAGCAAGCUCCUUGCGCGCAUCUUCCAGGUCCUCGAACGGGAUCCACAUGCUGAUGGCAGGGAAGCCAGGGCCAUUCACCUGCUGUGCCAGACCUGCUCCGAGAACUUCGCGCUGCGCUUUCUCCGCCAGCUUCUUUUUGCAGCUGCGGGGCUUCCUACUGUCAAACUGGAAGGGGCAGCGGACAACUGCCCGAGCUUACGGAACAUCUCUGAUCGCUGCUGUGGAGGUGCAAGAGAACUGGAUGUGAAGGACCACUCCAUGGAAGACUCCGAAAGGAUGCUGCAGUGGCUUUGGGCGCUUCUAUCGGCUGAUGCUCCAGACAAAGAUACCGGAAGUUCUUCGCGCUUCCGUUGUGCAUUGGUCAGCUUGCUGCCGUCGCUGCGGCUUGCUGCCAUGGGUCACAUGGCAAGCUCGGCCGGGCCUGACAUCGCCUCUCGCUCCUCGCGCCUCUGGGCAGCCUUGAGGGAAGAGAGGCUUGAUGCUGGGGCCGAGAUGUUCUCGGCCAUGUGUGAGGCACUGGAUCCGUCGAGUGGCCUCGGCUCUGCGGUUCCAGCGCACCAGGGACCGUCCACAGGAUUGGAGACACUGGAGGCUUUUGUCAAACAAAGCCAGUCCGAGAAUGGGGCCAGACCUGGACGAGCCGAGCCGUGGACGGCCGUGGGCACCGUGCUGGACAGAAACCUGUCGAUCUCUUGCCGGGAAGAGCAUCCCGAGAAGAUGCCGCUUUCUGCAGAAGCCCAGCAGAAAUGGCUCGACUGGGCAGCAGAGGAUUUCUAUGCCAACUCGGAUGACAAGGAGGUCAUUCGGGAAGGCGGCCGGGAGAUCGGUGUACCCAUCGAAGACAGUCUUGAUGACCCAGCCGACUCAGGCGUGCUGGUCGAGACAAGCCUUCUCCCGGAGAUCCCAGGGAAGCUGGACACUAAGGAGCUCCAGCCCAUGAAUCCAGAUCCGGUUGCCGACAGCGAGAGGACAGCGGUGCCUCAGGUCCAAGCAGAAGAUGUUGAAGUGGAAGCUCAGGAACUGGCUGCUGAGCCAAUUACAGCUGACGAGUUUCGGCAGCUUGCCGCAGAGGUGCUGGCACUGGCCGCAGGCCACUCCUCGCAGGCGACGUAA